CGCCCCUCACCGCUGCACCCGGCGGAGGAGCCGCCUCCCCUCACAGCCGCGGGAGCUAGAGAAGCCGCUGCGCCUGCCGCACCGCCAGGAGCUGUACGUCGUGUUAACCAAUCUGGGACAUCAUUACCAAGACUGCAGGGUUAGGAAUAGCUACAGCUGCUAAAAUGAGUGUCUGGAAUUGAUGGGAAAUCAUCCUGUUGCUGCAAGCAGUAAGAACAUCUCGAUUCACGUCCUGAAUUCUUUCUUCUCAAGAAUUUGAAACAAAAGACUUCUUUCUAAAUUAGACAUGGCUAAUCGAGGAGCAACAAGACCCAAUGGGCCAAAUGCAGGGAAUAAAAUAUGCCAGUUCAAACUAGUACUUCUGGGAGAGUCUGCAGUUGGCAAAUCAAGUUUGGUGCUUCGUUUUGUAAAAGGCCAGUUUCAUGAGUUUCAAGAAAGCACCAUUGGAGCUGCUUUUCUAACCCAGACUGUGUGUCUUGAUGACACAACAGUAAAAUUUGAAAUUUGGGAUACAGCUGGUCAAGAACGAUACCACAGUUUAGCACCAAUGUACUAUAGAGGAGCACAAGCAGCUAUAGUUGUAUACGACAUUACAAAUGAGGAGUCCUUUGCAAGAGCAAAAAAUUGGGUCAAAGAACUUCAGCGGCAAGCGAGUCCUAAUAUUGUAAUAGCUUUAGCAGGAAAUAAAGCUGAUCUAGCUAAUAAAAGAGCUGUGGAUUUCCAGGAAGCGCAGUCUUAUGCAGAUGACAACAGUUUAUUGUUUAUGGAGACAUCGGCUAAAACAUCAAUGAAUGUAAAUGAAAUAUUCAUGGCAAUUGCUAAAAAGUUGCCGAAGAGUGAACCACAGACUGCAGGAGCCAACUCUGCCAGAGGAAGAGGCGUAGACCUUACUGAACCCACACAACCACCCAAGGCUCAAUGUUGUAGUAACUAAACCUUCAGCUGCUUUAAACCGUCUUGAAUAUUCUUCUGCUUCCUAACUGUUAAUAACAAUGGAAUUGGAGUGUUUAAUCUGUCCAAUGCAGCUUCCAAAACAGAAGAGACUAAUGACAUCGUCAAGUUUCUAAUACAGAAUUAUUUUGUUUUUAUCUUAAUUUUUAACAUGCAUGUAUCACUGGCUGUCAUAUUUCAGCAAUAGAGGGAAGUGGAAACUGAAUAAACUUGCUUCAGUUGAAAGGUUUUAAAAAUCACUUGCCAUUAGGGAUAUAGAAGAAUUACAUUUAUUGAUCUAACCAGCUAGUCCUCUAUAUCCAGGUAUUGGUUACUGUUGUAAUUGAUAGAAUUGGGACUCUUCAAACGUUUCUCUUGUGCUUUUAAAAAGAAAAUCUUUCCAGAAACAGGGUCUACCGAUACUUCAAGCUUAUUUGCAGUAUUCAUGCAACCAGUUGUUUCUGCAAGUAUCUACCAUUUAAAUAUGCAUUCCACAUUUUCAUAAUUUAACUGCAAACAAUACUUGCAGCGUUUUAAGAAUUCUAUGCUUGCAGAAAAAUGGAUUUUAGUUGUUACACUGUAUGUAAAUUAUAGUCAGCCCAGUGGUUUAAAGAAAAUAGUGAUUAAAAAUCAAGUUUAACUCCAUAUUUAUCUGUUUAUAAAGGCACAAACCAAUGAAUUCAACUUUACAGGAUUUUUCUUCACAAACCAUAAGAGCUCUCCAAGUAAAACAAAGACAAACUAGGUGUCUGUGAUUUUUUUUUGUUGUUUUUGAUCAUUGCUGGCCAUUACACAGUUUCUUAUGUUUUUCCCCAAAGGAAAAAAAUAGUCAGUGCACUAAUAAUUAUGUACAUUCAACUUGAUUUUAAAUUUGGAUAUUAAUGUACUGUAUAUAGGGUACUGCAUUGUAGUCUACAUUUGUUUAAUACUUUCUGUAAUAUUUAAGAGUUGCUUAAAGGUAUACAAAAUGUACAGUUACUUAAAGCUAACUUUUUCUCUUCCCCUAAUCUAAAGGGGUUCUGAGUUCUUCCUUUAUGGCUAGAACAGUAAUAAAUGAUGCUCCUGUACCUGUAACAGAAGUACUGCUGUCUGUCAGUAAUGAACUCUGCAGCCUUGUU